AUGGGCUGGAGUGGCGGCGGCGGCAGCUGCGGCGGCAACAACAGCAGCACCGGGGCCACGAGUCCGCGCAGGUCAGUCUCGAGCGCGAUGGCGGGCACGACGUCAUCUUCACAGCAGGGCGAGGACGGGAACGGGGGGCGCUUUGGUUGGAGUCCGUCCUCCCCGACAACCCCUGCCCCUUCUCUGCAGCAGGGGAGCGGUAGGGGUGGUGUUGGCAACGUGGACUACGGCAUGGGCUUCAUGGGUAACAGCAGCGGCGACGAAAACUUGACCACCGAAGACCCGUACGUGCGGCCUUCCCUCAACAGAGCCAUCAUCGAGCUGUCGGACACCUGCCACCGGCUGCUGUCGUUCAAGGUGUAGGCGAUGUGGGACUGCAUCGCGCACGACGCUUUGGGUCAGCAUGUGUGGCACUACCCGGCCUUCAAGAAGUACCGCGGGCUUGGCAACCUCACCCUGCUCGUGUACAUGUGGGAGGUCAACAUUUGGGUGCCGAGAGAGAUACACCAAGAGACACACACGCAGGGAAAGAGAGAGGGGGACAGAGACAGAAGGAGAGACAGCGAUAGCCCCUGUGACAGAGGCAGAGAAGGGAAGUAGAUACAUUUCUUGUCACACUCCAUUUUUUCGUGAUGGUAGGACUUGGAACAGGGCGAGGCAAUCGUGUCUUUUGCGGUCCUGCUUGCACAAUGUGUUCAUGCACUCCAUGUCGCAUCACGAGCCAAUCUUAAGGGCGAAACACGUCGGGUUAGACACCCUUUGCGAUGUUUACGUGGUCUGCGU